GUUCCCAUUCCUGUAUUUUAUCACCUGGCAUCGAAGAAGCCACUUCUAAAAGAAGAAACAAUCAACCACAUUAGAUCGAUCAUUUCUCAAAAGGGUAGCGAUGCAUGGUGGCAUAUGACGGUCGAGGAUUUACUUCCUGAUAACUAUCGUGACAGAGCAUCAGAAUACAAGAAAGGGACAGAUACAAUGGAUGUUUGGUUUGACUCAGGCUCUUCAUGGGCUGCUGUGCUGGAAAAGAGGAGCGACCUUCAAUACCCUGCAGAUCUGUAUCUUGAGGGAACAGAUCAGCAUCGUGGUUGGUUUCAGUGCUCUUUGCUGACAAGCAUUGCAAGCAAAGGAAAAGCCCCUUAUUCUGGCGUCAUUACACAUGGAUUUGUCCUGGAUGAGAAAGGGCUCAAGAUGAGUAAAUCUUUGGGCAAUGUUGUUGAUCCCAUAACUGUAACUGAAGGAGGGAAAAACGAAAAGGAAGCACCACCCUAUGGUGCUGAUGUUUUGAGACUAUGGGUUUCAAGUGUUGAUUAUACCGGAGAUGUACUGAUGGGCCCUCAAGUCCUCCGUCAAAUGUCUGAAAUGUACCGGAAAUUCCGAGGAACUUUGCGGUUUCUCUUGGCAAAUCUCCAUGACUGGAAU